GAUUGUGCUCUUGGCUGAUCGUUCUUGGCUGAUUGUGCUCUUGGCUGCUGCCACCUGGUGGUGAAGACACCACACAACAGACACGUUGUGUCUCUGAGCAUGUCCUGAACUAGCUGGUGUACUAUGAAGUGAAAAGGCUUUUUAAUUAAUUUCGAAAACGUCAAAGAUAAAAGGAGCUUGAAGUAAACACUAACUUAAGAUGUGUGCAUGUAGUUAGAUUGACUCUAGAUGGCUGACAGUCAUCAUCUGUUAGACUGACUGAGGAGCUUCUGCCUUUAGCAGCCAGUGAAGAUGGACACCGCUGAGGAAGCGGACAUCUGUCGGGUAUGUCGGUCGGAGGGCAGCCAGGACAAGCCGCUCUACCACCCCUGUGUCUGCACUGGCAGCAUCAAGUUUAUCCAUCAGGAAUGCUUACUGCAGUGGUUGAAACACAGUAGAAAAGAAUACUGUGAAUUAUGCAAGCACCGGUUUGCAUUUACGCCAAUCUACUCUCCAGACAUGCCAUCUCGCUUGCCUGUCCAAGACAUCUUUGCAGGGCUGGUCACCAGUGUUGGAACAGCCAUCAGAUACUGGUUCCACUACACACUGGUGGCCUUUGCCUGGCUAGGCGUGGUGCCUCUCACAGCAUGUCGUAUCUACAAGUGUUUAUUUACCGGCUCUGUGAGCUCUCUCCUUACCCUGCCAUUAGAUAUGCUUUCAACACAAAACCUGCUUGCAGACUGCCUCCAGGGCUGUUUUGUGGUCACGUGCACCUUGUGCGCCUUCAUCAGCCUGGUUUGGCUUAGAGAGCAGAUUGUCCAUGGCGGCGCCCCUCUGUGGUUAGAGCAGAAUCAACCCCCUCUAGUUCCUAACCAGCCUAACGGUCCGGCACCGGCUAAUGAGGUUCCAGGUGGUAACAUUGGCGUCAACGCCCAGGCUGCUGCAGACGCCCAGAACCCCGCAGACCCUGCCGCAGACGGGCUGGCACCUGCCGACCCACAUGAAGCCGGCAACCGCAGAAAUGAAGCUGAGCUGGACGAUGAGGACGAAGAUGACGAUGGGGAGGAAGACGAAGAGGAGGACGACGACGAUGAAGGCAGGGAAGAGGACGCUGCUGAUGCCAAUAAUGGAGGACAAGAAGAUUUGAACUGGAACGCCCUGGAGUGGGACCGUGCAGCUGAGGAGCUGACCUGGGAAAGGAUGCUGGGGCUGGAUGGCUCUCUGGUUUUCUUGGAGCAUGUGUUCUGGGUGGUGUCUCUCAACACACUCUUCAUCCUGGUCUUCGCUUUUUGCCCGUAUCACAUCGGCCAUUUCUCAGUGGUUGGACUGGGCUUUGAAGACUAUGUCAAAGCUUCACACUUUGACGGCCUCGUCACCACUAUACUGGGCUACAUCCUCCUGGCUGGAGCUCUCAUCGUCUGCCAUGGGUUGGCUUCAUUAGUGAGGUUCCAGCGGUCCAGACGCCUCUUGGGUGUUUGCUACAUUGUUGUCAAGGUGUCCCUGCUGGUUGUCAUGGAGAUAGGCUUGUUCCCGCUGAUUUGUGGUUGGUGGCUCGACAUUUGCUCGCUGGAGAUGUUUGACGCGACUCUGAAAGACCGGGAGCAGAGUUUUGACUCGGCCCCCGGUACCACCAUGUUCCUCCACUGGCUGGUCGGCAUGGUCUACGUCUUCUACUUCGCCUCCUUCAUCCUUCUGCUCAGAGAGGUGCUCCGGCCCGGUGUGCUGUGGUUCCUGAGGAACCUGAACGAUCCAGACUUCAACCCAGUCCAAGAGAUGAUCCACCUGCCCAUCUACAGACACCUGCGGAGGUUCAUACUCUCUGUGGUGGUGUUUGGCUCCAUAGUUCUGCUGAUGCUUUGGCUUCCUAUCAGAAUCAUUAAACUGCUCUUCCCAACCUUCCUGCCCUACAACGUCAUGCUUUACAGUGACGCCCCGGUCAGCGAGCUGUCAUUGGAGCUGCUGUUGCUUCAGGUUGUUCUGCCGGCAUUGCUGGAGCAGGGUCACACUCGCCAGUGGCUCAAACGGCUCGUCCACGCCUGGACGUUUACAGCUGGAUACAUGUUUGACCUUCACUCCUACCUGCUGGGGGACCAUGAAGAUGAUGACAAUCAUCCAAACAACAACCCUCCCGGUCGCCAUAACAACAACAGGAUCCCUGGCCUGGGGGAGGGGCUUCACGCCGCCCAUCAGGCCAUUCUGCAGCAGGGCGGUCCUGUGGGUUUCCAGUCGUACCACCGGCCCAUCAACUUCCCCCUCAAGGUCGAGAAGAUCAUUCUGCUGGUUGUCUUCAUGUGCGUGACGCUGUUACUGGCCAGUCUGCUCUGCCUUACACUGCCGGUGUGCGCGGGUCGCUGGCUGAUGUCUUUCUGGAUGGGCAGUGCCAUGGUUCAUGAGCUGUACACAGCGGCCAGCGGUCUGUACAUCUGCUGGCUGUCCAUUCGAGCCGCCACCGUGAUGCUGUCGUGGAUGCCACAGGGACCGAACAUGAUCAUGGUCAAAGUCCAGGAGUGGACGCUCAUGAUCCUAAAGACCGUCGUGGUGGCCUUGCUGUUAGCCGGGGUGAUUCCUCUGCUGUUGGGUCUGCUGUUUGAGUUGGUCGUCGUCGCUCCUCUCAGAGUCCAACUGGACCAGACGCCUCUCUUCUACCCCUGGCAGGACUGGGCCCUGGGCGUGCUCCACGCUAAAAUCAUUGCUGCCAUCACACUGAUGGGCCCUCAGUGGUGGCUCAAAACCGUCAUCGAGCAGGUGUAUGCAAAUGGUAUCCGAAACAUUGACCUCCAUUUCAUUGUCCGAGGGCUGGCCGCCCCGGUCAUCUGCGUCCUGCUGCUGUCUCUCAGUGUGCCCUACACUAUCUCUAAAGGCAUUACACCGCUGCUGGGUGUGCAACCAGAGAUGCAGACGCUGGUGGAGAGGAGGAUCUAUCCCUUCCUGCUGAUGGUGGUCAUACUGUUGGCCAUCCUGUCCUUCCAGAUACGACAGUUCAAACGCCUCUACGAACACAUCAAGAACGACAAAUACCUGGUUGGACAGCGGCUGGUGAACUAUGAACGCAAGACAGGCAGGAUGACGUCCACCUCCUCGUACAGCACCUCCUCAUAGACCUGACACUACUGUGGGAUUAGUGGAGCCGACGCUGCACUGAGAGCUACCAUCAGCUACUGCGGUGAAACCUUUUUUUUUUUUUUUUGUUUCCUCCGCGCGUGGCUGUCAGAUGCCAACUUCAAAACACCAACCUCUAAACUUUUGACUGCAGCUUAGUCUUCUUACACGUACUGCUGCCACAGGUUGGGAGACAAAGACGCUGAAGAGUGAAGACAAAAUAGUCUCAAAACUCUUCUUGAAAAAUUAGCAUUUCAGAACAAGGUUGAUAGCCAACCUGCAAAAACAGUAGCAUGAUUGAAACUCA